AUGAAUAUUCUCUAUGAACCACUCUUGUUAAACAUUUCAUCUUUCUCUGACUUCCCCAAGUUGCUCAAACAUAAAACAUGUUCUUAUGUUCCAAAUGUUACCAAGUUUCAAAAAUACAAUAAUGCUGUCUUAUUGGCUAUGCAAGGUAAUGGAGAGUUCGCAGGUGAUGUUGCCAACUCAUUCAACCAUAAGGUUUACGCUAAUAAUGGAGGAGAGUUGAAUGGAAUUCCUCAUAUACAAACUCUUAGAGAAUUUCCUAGGAAGGAGCUUUUUGGAAAAGUUGUCAUGGUUAGAUUUGAUUCUAACAUAUUGCUCAAGCAAAAGCAUAACCAGAAGAAUCAAUCAGAUUUUAAUGCACUGUUUACAAUUCAAUAUUUACAUGAAAUUGAAUCAAAAGUCAUUCUAGUCAGUGAUUGGAGCACAAAUACUUUACAACUUCACUCACAAUCAGUUGCAGAUUUCUUAUCAGGAAUUCUCCAAAUUCAAGUUGUUCCACUGCAAGGCAUUUCUUGUAACAAGCUAUCAAAGAUUAAAGACCUCCUCCAUAAAGAGAAUAUCUAUCUUAUUGAGAAUCUUUAUAAUCUCAAAUACGAAGUUGCUAAUUGUUUGGAGUUUUCUAGAGUAUUAUCGACAGGAGUUGAUAUCUUUGUCAACGAUUCCUUCUCGAACUCUCAUAAAGUUCUAGCAUCAACUGUUGGUGUUACUCGUUUCUGCUAUGCUUGUUUAGCUGGAUUUCACUUUGAAGAGAACCUUCGUCUCGUGAAGAAUUUAGCAGAAACCAACAAGAAACCGUAUGUAGCAAUUAUUGGAGGGGGUAAUCUUGCCGAGAAAGCAGCAUCCUUUCGGUUUUUAGCCUCCAGAUGCCAAGGUUUUGUUUUCGUUGGAAUGAUGUCAUUUCAAAUAAUGCAUGCAUUAGGAGUACAAGUUCCCAUUGAUUUUGUCGAUCAUAAAGCAUUGACGGAGGCUCUAGAGAUAUUGAAACUCGCUUGCGAUAACAAUGUGAAGAUAUUGUAUCCAAAAGAUUUAUGGUGCAGGAAUAAAUAUAAUCCAAGGCAAUUGCAGGUUUUUCCUUCUCAUGGAAUUUUGGAUGGUUGGGUGCCUAUUGACCUUGGACCUAUAACAUUGGAUGAAAUUAGUUCCUUGCUUUCAGAUUGUAAGAAAAUAAUUUGGAUUGGUCCAGUGAAAUUUGCCGAUGGAAGUGAACAAACAAAAGGAGCAUCUAAGUUGGCGAAAAUUCUUGAUCAAGCAAGCAAAGGAAACUGUGAAACAACUGUUGUUGGGACUACAGCAUGCAAUCUUGUGACACAAGAAACAAGUUCGCUAUCAUCUAUAAACAUGGUUGAGAAUGCUUCGGUAGUAUGGGAAUUUCUCAAAGGAAGAAAACUCCCUGGUGUUAUGGCCGUUGAUAGAGCAUACCCUUUUGAAAUCAAGUGGAACAAUGUUUACUCGGACCCAACUCAAUCUCUUGUGGUUGAUAUCGGAAGUGGCAACGGACUUUUUCUUUUCGAAAUGGCAAGAAAGAGGAAGGAUUUGAACUUUCUCGGUUUGGAAAUGAACGAAAAGCUAGUUUUGCGCUGUCUUGAUUCUAUUCAACAGUUCGGCAUAAAGAAUGGGCAUUUCAUUGCUACUAAUGCAACAUCGACAUUUCGUUCAAUUGUUUCUUCUUACCCAGGAGAGUUAGUUCUUGUAUCAAUACAGUGUCCAAAUCCUGAUUUCAAUAAACCUGAACAUAGAUGGAGAAUGCUGCAAAGAUCUUUAAUCGAAGCAGUGGUGGAUCUUCUAUCAUCUGGCGGAAAGGUCUUUUUGCAAUCUGAUGUAGAAGAAGUAGCAAUGAGAAUGAAAGAGCAGUUUUCGAGAUAUAGCAAGAAUAAGCUUGUUAUGGAGCAUGGCCAAAGUGAUUAUUGGCUUGAUGAAAAUCCAUUUGGAGUUAAGUCAGAUUGGGAAAAACACGUUUUAGAGCGCGGAGCGCCUAUGUAUCGAAUGCUGUUUUCUAAAUCAUCUGAGAUAAGAAGUGAAGUUUCUGUUUCAAAUGAUGUGAUUCAGAAAGUUGGUUAA